AUGACUGACACGGCCCCUCGAAAGCCUUCCCUCGGAGGAGCAGAACCGGUUGAUCCUGUCUUCCCGUUCCUGCAACUUCCCAGAGAACUUCGGGACCAGAUCUAUGACUAUACGUUCGAGAUAACCGACGCCCGCGGCGACCGCGCCCUCCGCAUCGAACGCCGCCACCUGAAGCACUUCAAGCCCUCCGCAGCCUCCAUCCUCCUACUCCUCCACCACGAAUACUUUCUCCUCAACCGGCAAACCGCACGCGAAGCCCUCGAAAUCCUCUUCCAAAACCAUACCGUCUUCCUCAGCUGCGGGCCCUACGUGCUCAAGCAACUCCUCGCACGCAUAGAAGAGGCUGGCGGCCCCUGCACGCAAUGGCUGAAAUGGAUCAAGAAGGUUGAGCUUGACUGGGUCACAUUUCCGAACCUGAGGGCGUAUCCGCCGGAUCGGAGUGAGGGGAGGGAUGAGUGGUGGUGGGAGAGGGAUGGAGUGGAAAUCGAUGUGGAUUGUGUACGUGGAGUGGCGUAUAACGGACACUAUGAUGAAGACGACCACGAAGGUGGAUACUACGACGACAACUUUUAUAGUCCAGACGACGCUUCUCUAUACCCUUCUUGGCCUCAGCCCGCUUCUCGCACGAGCGAUCCCGAAGAUCUAUUCGGUUUCUCGUCGCACUAUCCUUUCUCUGAUCCCUUGACGGAACCGGAACACGAACACGAUACUUCGGCCCAGGACGACAUAUCCACGAAACUUGGCCUCCUCAUAUCAAUGGAGGUAACGCCGCUCUUCGCCUACCUCUCCAUGCCAACCUUCUCCUCCCUAUCCAGCAUCACGCUCCCCCUCUACUUCAUCUCAAAGCAAUCCUACCAUCACCGCAACAGCACACACCCCGGCCGCACCCUCCCCCUCAAAAUCCGCUACUGGGUCCAAGUCUGCAUCCACGCGCUCCUCAUGCUGCACCACUCCACUUCCACGGAUUUCCCAAAGCUGCAAGAAAUCCGCAUCAAGUACAUGCCCUGGGACAUCUGGGCGACCAUGGACCCGGCCGACGACUUGCAGCGCAUGGUCAAGAAGGGCAUUUGGUAUAAAGAAGGCGAGGAUGCCGAUCGCGAAAGAGAGGGCGAGGGAGAGGCGUUCCGUGCGAUAUGGGCUGGGAUGCAGGAUAGGGGUUUGUGCAAAGGGAAGAACCGGAUGGGUUUAAGUGCGGAGGUGAGGUUUGUGAAGUGGGAGGGGGAUUUAGAUAAAUGGCGAGUGGGUGACGAGCUGGAGGUUGUAUUUACGAACGGGGCGCAGGCGAAUGAGAGGAGGAAGUGA